AUGAAUCCAUCGACAUCAUCAUCAUCGAUGGCGCCAGUAUUAGCUGAUUAUCAUAAAAAAACAGCAAAUUUACGUUCAAAAAUAUUAAAAAGUGAAGAAGAACGUAUUCAACUUGAACAAAAAUUACGUUCAUUUUCAAGUAUUGAUUCACGUUUAAAACAACAACAACAAAUUGAACAUAUUCAAUCAUAUUUUAAACAACUUAAUGAAGAAUCUCAACGAGCUAAACAACGUAAUUUAAAUUUAUUGAAUGAUUUAACACAAGCUGAACAUAAUUUAAAUCAAUUACGUAUUGAUACGGAACAAUUAAUACGUUUAAAAAAUGAUUAUAUACAAUAUUUAGAAUCAAGUUAUUCUAAUCGACAAAAAAAUAUAUCAACAGGAGCAUAUACAAAUGUUCAUAAUACUAUAGAUGAUUUUGAUCGUUUACGUCAACAACAAAAUGAUGGAAAUCUUCGACACAGUAUACCAACAACUCAUCAAUCAGAUAAAAUUGAUUCUUCUUUAUUAUAUAAACGUUAUGAAGAUCAAUUAAAAACUGGUUUAGAUCGUACAAAUUUAUCUACUAUAAAUUCUGAAAUAAAAGAUCAUCAAUACGAUGAUCAAUCAACAUCUGAUACAACAUCAAAUACAUUUUCACGUUCAAAACGUUCAGGUUCAUUACGAAUGGAAUUACAUCGUUUAGGUCUUUAUUUUUUACUUGAUUAUAUUGAAAAAGAAUUAAUUGAUACAAUUGAUAAAAAAAAAUUCUAUCGUUAUGAUCCACCAACUAUAACACAAAAACGUACAAUACUUGAUAUAGCUAAUGAACAACAACAAUAUGCAUUAAAAGAUCUUGAACCAGCAACAACAUCUAUGGUUAUACUUGAUCAAUUACCAUCAACAAUACGUCGUAUAACAAUAAAUAAAUGUUUAUUAACAGAAGAUAUACUUUCAUCAAAUAUUAAAGAUUUAGAUAAAGAUAUAAUAACAAAAAUGUUACCUGAACAAGAUCGUUCAUUAUGGACACGAUUAAUUGAUCAUUUUAUACGUUUAUUAAAAUUACAUAUAAUGAGUUCACAAACAUUAGCAAAUAAAUUUGCACCAACAUUAUUACCAAAUAAUUCAAUUUAUUUAUAUGAUAAAGCUAAAAGUCUAUUAAAACAUAUUCUUGAAAAAAUUGUUGGAAUACAACAAUCAAGUUCUGAUGAUGAUACAUCAACAGAUAAAAAACAACCUGUACAACAUAUUAUUAAAACAAAUACAGCAUCAUCAUCUUCAUGGUUAAAUAAAUUAACAUCUGGUGGUAUUAUGGAUGAUGAUGAUACAUCAUCAUCAUCAAUAACAAAUAAAUCAAAGAAAAAUAUUAAAUCAGCAAGUUCAGUAUCAACAACACCAAGAACAGAUGUUAAUCGAGAUGAUAGUGAUCUUGAAUUUUAUAGUUAA